GUCGCCUCUUUUUUUCCAUCUCUCUGCCUCUCUCUUUCUAGGUUGUAUUCACUGUAAUUAGUAGACGGUGUCACUCCUUUUUACAUUGCCCAGUCAUUCUGUCCACACUCUUUUUCACCAAUGCAUUAGUCAAGACUGUUCUAUUCCGCCCUCUUACCACCAUGACAGUCACUCGCACUCAAGCGGGUAAAACACCCAGAAAAACAGCUCACCCUGGAUAUGUCGAGACUCCUGGGACCUUUAGAAAACCUCGUACCAGUAAGUCCAUGGCCGGCCUCGGAGAUUCCGACGCGCAGGACUCCUCCACCGGCCUCGAAGACGAUGUUCCCUCCACCACCACGAAACGUGCUACGAGAAGCGUACGAAAACCCUCUCGCUCGCCGAGAAUGUCUGGCGGCACACAAGACUCGACAGAUGAGGAGAUGACCCGUGGUCUUUCGAAUGGACAUGCGAACGGAACGGCCCAGAAACAGCAAAAUGGAACGGUCAAAAAGGAGGCCAACGGACAUGCAGUUUCUUCUUCCCAGAAGACCGUCGACGGUUGGCGACCGGGUAUGGAUCCAAAGGUCGAUACCAGCGGCCAUUUCGAGUUUGGAGGUCCCCUGGGCGUCACUGCAAUGAUGAUCGGUUUCCCUUUGCUCAUGUACUACAUGUGGAUCGGCGCGACUUAUUACGACGGGAAAUUUCCUCUACCUAGAUCCGACGAAACUGUGACAGACUUCCUACGUGGCUUGGGGCGCAUGGUAUACUACGGGGCAUGGCCUUCGGCGAAAGCUUGGGCUAUGUACUGGACCUUUUUCAUCUUCGAGGCUGGACUGUACUGCGUCAUGCCAGGCAUCUGGACCAAAGGCAAGCCACUACCCCACGAGAACGGCCAAAGACUCGAUUACUAUUGCUCGGGAAUGUGGUCGUGGUGGACCACGAUCGUCAUCGCCCUCGCUCUGCACUUCUCUGGACUCUUUAAACUCUACCAAAUCAUCGACGAAUUCGGCCCGCUCAUGUCGGUCGCCAUCAUUUCUGGGUUUCUGGUGUCCAUCGUCGCGUACACGUCGGCCCUCUACCGAGGCAAGCAGCACAGGAUGACGGGCUACACCAUGUACGACUUCUUCAUGGGCGCCGAACUCAACCCGCGCAUGUUUGGUAUCCUCGACUUCAAGAUGUUCUUUGAGGUGCGCAUCCCUUGGUUCAUCCUGUUCCUCAUAACGGUGGGCACGGCGGCGCGGCAGUACGAGCUGUACGGGUACGUGUCGGGGGAAGUGGGAUUGCUCCUCAUGGCCCAUUUUCUAUACGCCAACGCCUGUGCCAAGGGCGAGGAGUGCAUCGUGCCCACCUGGGACAUGUACUAUGAGAAAUGGGGAUUCAUGCUCAUCUUCUGGAACCUCGCCGGUGUUCCCCUGACCUAUUGUCAUUGCACCGUCUACCUCGCCAACCACCACCCUAGCACUUAUGCCUGGAACAAGUACGCGUUGGUGGCUUUGUACGCGGCCUACCUGUUUGUUUACUGGGUCUGGGACACCACGAACAGUCAAAAGAAUCGUUUCCGAGCGAAAGAAUCUGGCGGUGCCAUCACUCGCAAAGCUUUCCCUCAAUUGCCCUGGCAGACCGUGGAAAACCCGAAAGUCAUCAAGGCAGAGGAUGGUAGCGUACUUCUCGCGGAUGGAUGGUAUGGCUAUGCCCGCAAAAUUCACUACACUUGUGAUUUGUUCUUCGCUCUGUCUUGGGGAGCCAUCACAGGAUUUCAUUCUCCGUUCCCAUGGUUUUACUCGGUGUUUUUCACUGGCAUGAUCAUUCACCGAGCCAUUCGGGACAUUCAACGUUGCCGAAAGAAGUAUGGUAAAGCGUGGGAGGAGUAUGAGAGACAAGUUCCAUACCUCUUUAUUCCCUAUGUUAUUUAGAUAGCCUCGUUACCAUUAUCAAUAAUAUGUUCUACUUGAUAAUAUCAAUGUAUUGCUCUGGACAUGGUCUCGAGUACCUAC